AUGGAAGCAACAGCUGAAGUUACAGAGGAACCACAAGGAGAUACUCCAGAAAUCGUAGAAGCAAAGAGAAAAUAUCUUGUUGACUACGAUAUUCAAAAUGUUCUUCAUGAAGCUCUCAAUGAAUUAAUGGAAUCACGUCCUGAAGAUGUUUUUGGAGUUUUAUCACGAAUUUUUGAACGUCGCGCUGCAAAACCAAUUAUUGAUCAUGUUUUAGCUCGAGAAGUCCUUGAUUCAAGAGGUAAUCCCACAGUUGAAGUUGACGUUUAUGCAAAAUACUUAAAUACCGUAGAAUUUGUUGCUAGAUCUUCUUCUCCAUCAGGAGCAUCAACAGGAUCAAAGGAAGCAAAAGAACUCAGAGAUGGAGAUAAUAGAUUCGGUGGUAAGGGCGUUACACAUGCAGUCAAGAACGUCAAUACAAUUAUUAGCAAAGCAAUUGCAGGCAAAUUACUCGAAAAUCUUGCAGAAAUUGAUAACGCAAUUAUUGCAGCCGAUGGAACAGAACUCAAGGAAAAACUUGGCGGAAAUGCAACCACAGCAACUUCUUUUGCCGUUGCUACAGCAGGGGCAGCUAUUAGACAUGAAGAAUUAUUUAUUUACCUUGCCAGACAAUUCCAUGAAGAAAUGCCAAAGAAAUUUAAGCUUCCAGCACUUUUCUUCAAUAUAUUAAACGGUGGAAAGCACGCUGGUGGAAAUUUGAAGAUCCAAGAAUUUAUGAUUUCUCCACGAACAGAUAUCAGCUUUCCUGAGCAGCUAAGAAUGAUUGGAGAAAUAUACCAGAAACUUGGCCAGGUUGUUGUCAAGAAAUAUGGCGUUUCUGCAAAGAAUCUUGGCGAUGAAGGUGGCUAUGCACCAGCUCUUAACACUCCCGAGGAAGCUCUCGAAGUAAUUGAAAGAGCAGCAAAUCUUUGCGGCUACCAACCAGGCAGCGAUGUCUUCUUUGCACUAGAUGCAGCUGCAUCUGAAUUUUAUGAUGCAACAAAGAAGCAAUACGAAAUUCUUCCAAACGUAUGGAAGACUGGUGAUGAAAUGAUUGAGUUUUGGAAAGAUUUGAUCGCUAAACAUCCAGCAAUUAUUUCAAUUGAAGACGGACUUGAAGAAAAAGACUACGAAACAUGGAUUAAACUCAAUGAGCAGCUCGGUAGCAAGAUACAGUUGGUAGGAGAUGAUCUUUACACAACAAAUCCAAAGAUGAUUGAGCAGGGAAUCGAAAAGAAGUGGUGCAACGCAUUGUUGAUGAAAGUAAACCAAAUAGGAACAAUUACAGAGGCAAUGAAAGCUGCAAAACUCGUUCUCUCUGCAGGCCAGAAAGUCAUGGUUUCUCACAGAUCAGGAGAAACAUGUAACUCUUUAAUUUCUGACUUAGCUGUUGCAAUUGGAGCUCAGUCAAUUAAAGCUGGCUCUUGCGCAAGAGGAGAGAGAAUACAGAAAUACACAAGAUUGCUACAGAUCUAUGAAUACUUGAGAGAUAAUAAUAUGCUUUAA